UGCUGCUGACUAAUCAAACGCAGUAGUUUGCAUGACAAAUUACGUUGCUUACAAGCUAAUCUAAACCUUCAGGAACCAUUUAGGAACAUUCUUUUGUUUGAUUAAAGCCUAAACCAGCUAUCAUAGAGAUCUUAAUCAAAAAUGUCCCUUCAACUACAACGCCAAAGAUGAAAGUUACUGCAAGCAUACGGGUAGGGAUUUCUAGUAUAUAAGGCUUGCAGGUUCCAUCAAGCUUCUCAACUCGCCUUGAAUUCAUUCUUCUCUUCAACAUAAUGCCUUCUCUUGAUCGAAAACUCGUCGCUAGAGAUCAAUUCAGUUUCAGCUGCAGCUCACUACCCAGAACAGAAUCGGCAGAAGAAUUUGGGCUUUCUUUCGGAGAAUGGACUGAAUCAUUAAGGAAUCAGUCGUCGUCUCUUCAAGAGUUAUCUCCUGCGUCACGAGCACAAGCCAUUGCCAGCUACAAGAAAGAGAUGCUGGAAUUUGUAAAAGACGCGCCGGAGAAUGUAUAUGAUCUCUCACUGACGGAUUUAGUGGAGCUGAAAGAAUCUCCUGUGAAAGAGAGACUGCAGUUGAAUAAACCGAGAACUGGGAAAAGACAUUUCAGAAGUGAGAGUGUAGAAAGUGGGGGAUUCCUUUUGAAGAUUUUCUUUCCUAUACCCUCUUCAAGGAGGAAGAGAAGCACUGGGAGCUUCAAUGGCGGUUUGAAGUAUAGUAGUAGAUCAAGCUCCAGUGGGAGUUCAAGCUCUGAUAGUGGCUCAAGCGCCACAAAUGGAACUGUUAAGUUGGGUAGUGGCUCAAAAGUUUCGAUGAAGGAUGGAAAAAAGACCAGCUGUGAAGAGAACUCGGCGAAGGAAUAUGUGAGGAUGCAGCAACAUCGUGAACUUAGCAGAAACUGUAGCAGGCAUCAGAGUGGCUGUUCUUUCUUCUUCCUCAACCAAAACAAAAUCAGAACCAAGAAGACCAUAUUCUGAGAAUAUUCCUG